GACUGGGACCAAUACACUCGAGGAGCCGUUGGGGUCACGACUGGUUCCCAUCGGGGUCUAGGAACCGUUUUGGUACGGAUUGAUUCCCAUCCGGAUCGUUGGCGGGUUUUAAAAGGGCUGGUUUUUACCAGUGAAGUUGUGGCUGAAUGUGUUCGCUCUACCUGUCCUGCUGAAACCGUAGCUCCGGUUCUCUCUCUGUUUACGGCUAAUUCAAACGCUAAUCAUCUGGCUUUAUUCAAUAUCGCUGAAGGUUAUUAUUUUAAAGAUGCCUUCAAGGCCUGAGAAACAGGCUCCUCCAGAGUUCUUCUAUGAUGAAACUGAAGCUCGAAAGUAUACGACUUCAUCUCGUAUAAUCGAAAUCCAGGCUAAGCUUUCUGAAAGGGCAUUGGAGCUUCUUGCCUUGCCUGAUGAUGGAGUUUCUAGACUUUUGCUUGAUAUUGGUUGUGGAUCUGGGCUUAGUGGAGAAACACUCUCAGAGAAUGGACAUCAAUGGAUUGGGCUGGAUAUAUCACAUUCCAUGCUUGAUAUUGCAUUGGAGCGUGAAGCAGAGGGUGACCUCAUACUUUCAGAUAUUGGCCAGGGCUUGGGCCUCCGUCCUGGAUGUAUUGAUGGGGCAAUUAGUAUCUCAGCUGUUCAGUGGUUAUGCAAUGCUGAUAAGAGUUCUAAUGACCCCAAGCUGAGAUUGAGGGCUUUCUUUGGAUCAUUGUAUAGAUGUUUAGCAAGGGGAGCAAGAGUUGUGUUACAACUUUAUCCGGAAAAUCAUGCUCAACUUGAGAUGAUCACUUCUGCUGCAAUGAGAUCUGGAUUUUCGGGUGGUUUGGUUGUUGAUUACCCACACAGUACCCGAGCAAAGAAGUAUUUUCUCUGCCUCAUAUGUGGUCCCCCAAAUUUAAGCACAACCCUUCCAAGGGCCAAAGGUGAAGAUGGGGGGAGUUGCUCAGAAGAGAGUGACAGCGAUGGAGAAAAUCAAACAGUACGAGUUCAAGAGAGGCAGCGUCCUAGGAAGAAGCAAAAGGUAACAAAGAAGGCCAAAGGACGGGAGUGGAUCUUAAAGAAGAAGGAGCAAAUGAGGAAGAAGGAAAAAUAUGGGUACGGGGAAAACAUCCCUCCAGACACGAAAUACACAGGACGCAAACGAAAGGCACGCUUUUGAGCCAUUUAUUGAAGUCCAAUGAACCAUCAAAUUGAGAUGCUUCAAUUAACGCAAGUUCAUUUACGCACUGAACCCUUCCUUGGCAAUGGUUAUGGUGAGCCAAAGGUGUAUAUUUAUUCCUCUAUUGCAGUAUCAAUUUUGGAAAUCAAUCUGAGGUGGAUGGACCUUCACACCACUUGGGUAUGGUGCUCAAAUCUCUCUACUUUGGAUCCCAUGACAGGUUUUUGGGGUUUCUGCAGUUGAGGUUGAGAGAGAGAGAGAGAGGCUUGCUGACUUGAUAUUCAAUCAUUGAGUGUAUUUUAAUUUCUGCUUUGGCUGUGGGCGGUGCAUAUCCUUUGGUCUUCUGGUCCCUUUUGUGCCAAAGCAGUGGGCGGUGCGUUUCCCUUGUUCUUCUGGUCCCUUUUGUGCCUAGAGGGCUAGACAUUAUUAGUAGGAAACAUUAUGUGGAUGUCUAUCUCUUCCCUUUAAUGUUUUUUAUGUUUACAAUAUCACUUGUCUCAUAGGCAUUUAUGAGUUUAUAGGUAUUUUGGACGUUUUUCUUUGCUUUGAAGAUGAGGGGGUUGUUGAAGUUUCUUGGAACCCUAGUCAAAAUGACCCUUGGGUAUUGCUUUUUUUUCUCCCCCCCCUUUUUGAAUCUGACAGUUGAAGUUUUUUGGAA